AUGUUUCGUAACAGUAAUUCUAGUCAGCGGUCGGCCAAGAAGCCACACCUCGACAGCAAUUACGCCAGAACUGUUUCCAGUCAUCAACCCGAGAAGACCUCGAAAACUCUGUCAGAGAAGCGUUCAACUACAUCUAAGCUUGGUGACCGGGUUGGAAAAGGGGUAGCCUCCAGAGCCCUGAAUCCCGAAAAACGCCUUGGAAAGUAUAUCGCAAAACAUGCAGUUCAAAAUGACAUGGUUCAUGUCCCACGCAUGCCUGAACGAGCAAUUGUGGGCAUCAGCGAGGAUGAAUUCCAUUCCCGCGACUCUUACAUUGAGACAGUAACCGAGCACGUAGACCGCGCGCGACGACAUCUCCCGAGAGGACACCAGUGGGUGUACGACUCCGAAGGCUUUGUCGUUGGGACGAAACCAAAAGAGAAGCCGCCUACAGCAAUACCCCAACAAGGAUCGUCGGAUGAGGAUGCGUACAUGCAACUUUUCGAUCAACCAUCACCAACAGCACAUCGACCUUGUCAUGAAAAAGCCACAGCUGUGUCGGGAGUUCCAGGGCCACAUAAUCAGGUAAGUGAGCAAAAGCGUACUAACAAAGUCUCGACAGGUCACACUGAUUCAAUAGAGCGACAUCCAAGCACCCUACGCUCUGGCCAUCGAGUCAAGAAGGACACAUCAGACCUUAUUCCCAACGCACUCAACUUAGGUAAGUCUCAAAAUCCUGCACCAGUAUACAAGCCAUACAGGCGGCCUCCAACCUAUCAAGGCACCGAAGCAGAGAAGGUCAAGUUGCCGCCAGGACCGAAAACCCACUAUUACGGAGAAGAGCAAGUCGGGGAGGCGCCUAGUCCGGAGUAUUUGAGAAGCCUUGUCACCAAGAAUGUAACUCCACCUUCACCAAGCACCGAAAAAGAGCUAUAUCCGAGCGAGAGUACGACAACUAUUAAGCGAAAGAGGAAGUCUCGAGAGCACCGUACAACAGUGGUUCUUGACAUGAGUCGCAAGUGGAGUGGCAACAACGAUGUCGCGCAGUGGAAUGAGCACAUAGCGAGGGAGAAGGCGAAGGUCGAGGGCCAGCAGGAGAACAAAGUCGAUGGGAUUAUCAAGUCUCCCCUCAAGCCACAAGAGCCCGUCAUUUCACAGGAGUCCGUCAAAUCGCGAGAAUCAGUCAAGUCACAAGAGUCGACACCAACAAUCAAGCGUAAGCCUUUGAAUCCAACAGCACGCACGUUCGAGGCUCCAGUGAACCCUUCUCAGGAACAAUUGAACUUGAGUCGCUGUCGGAAAAACUACCUCGAACAAGAACACGAACAAGACAAGCAAACAAGCGACAGUGUGUCGAGCUUGAAUCCACGAGCACGCACGUUUCCCUACGUAACCCCUGCAGUAGCCGCAAUUGUUCGGACGCUGAAUGCCAAGGCGACCACUUUCCACCCAAGCGAAGAGCCUACACUUUCCGAAUAUCCACGGGACGUGAAGAAAGCGUCGCCGUCUCGGCUACCAAUACCGGUACGAAUUUCGGUCCAGUCACCACCCAAGUACCCAGCAGCCACUGAGCGAUUCUCGAGUAGCGACAGACCCACUUACAAAGGUGAGACAGAUUACGGUUAUGAGCGACGUAGCAAACGUAUCUCACGUGGACCUCCUGGAUCAAGGACAAGAUGGUAA